UGUUCUUGAUAAUCACACAAACGUUGGACAUGAGUCUUCAAGUUUAAACUUUAGAUUCUUCUGGACAGACGUGUUUGUGUCAGAUCCACAUUCCGCCCACACUCUGCUCUGGUGCCACAAGGAAACUGGUGAGAUGUCCAAGUCACAUGACCCUUGGCAAGACGCCAUGGACCACGCCGUCGCUGUGGCCCGUAAAUCAGGAGAGAUAAUCCGAGAGGCGGUUCAGAACCAGGACCGGUCCAGUUUGGUCCAGACCAAGUCCUCGGCUGUGGACCUCGUCACAGAAACUGAUCAGAAAGUGGAGCAGCUCAUCAUCCAAUCAGUGAAGAGCAAGUUUCCCUCCCACAGGUUCAUCGGGGAGGAGUCUGUGUCAUCUGGGGAGCUCUGUGUCCUGACCUCUGACCCCACCUGGAUCAUCGACCCCAUCGACGGCACCACCAACUUCGUCCACGGGUACCCGUUUGUCGGAGUGUGCAUCGGCUUUGCUGUCAAUCAACAGGUGGAAUGGGGCGUGGUCUACAGCGCCAUCGAAGACAAAAUGUUUACAGCCCGAAGAGGACGAGGGGCCUUUUGUAACGGGCGCCCCCUACAGGUGUCCCCACAAACAGACGUGCACCGGGCGCUGGUGGCCACAGAGUUCGGCUCCAGCAGAGACCCUCAAGUCGUCGAUAAGAUCUUCAGCAGCCUCCGGAAAGUCCUGUCUCUGCCGGUGCAUGGGGUGCGUGGCGCUGGCUCUGCUGCUCUGAACAUGUGCGCUGUGGCUCUUGGGUCUGUGGAGCUUUAUUAUGAAACGGGGAUCCACAUUUGGGACUUCGCCGCAGCUUCAGUGAUCGUCACCGAAGCCGGAGGCGUCCUGAGAGACACAACAGGGGGCGCUGUGGACCUCAUGUCGCGCAGAGUCGUCGCUGCCAACAACGAAACCAUAGCAACAAGAAUCAUCAGCGAGUUGGACGUGUACUCCCCCGAGAGAGACGACGGAGCGCCCCACGGAGCGCCCCACGGAGCGCCCCACGCGCCCCACGGAGCGCCCCACGGAGCACCUGAAUGAGCACACACACAGACAGACACACACACACAGACACACACACACACAGACA